AACCAAUUAACACAGGACAUACUAGCUGGUAAGAUAGCAUACAAACUCGUCAAUCUCCAUACCGUAUUGCUAGGUGAAAAAACUUACAGAAGGGUUAAUAAUAUAAGACCUUGUUCUGGUCAAUUAAUUUUUAGUUUUCAAAAGAGAGAAUGAAAUCAAAGAGAGAAGACAAGGAAAGAAGAAAGCCAAUGUCAACUGCCAACAUGCUGGACCCUCAAAUUUUAGAAGAAAAAAUAAACAAAUGAAGAGCACCUAUUACAACCAGUUGCUGACCAUAUAUUGGCUGUCCAUUAGAUGGAUAUGACUUCUGCAGCUCCGCUUGCCUGCUUUCCCAUUCAUUCAGAUUUCACUAAUGUCCCUGAUAAGAGAACUCAGAAUUGCAGAUCAAAGGUUAAAACAUCCAAAAAUCAACAUCUGUCGCUAGAAGGCUCUUUGAGGUAUUUUUCAGUCGAUGGCCUGGAUGCAAAAGGUUUUGGCACCACGCAUAUACCGCAAAAAUUCUAGAAGACCGCAGCCAUUUCCUGAAGCACUUACAGUCGAUGGCUUUUGGCUGGUCUUACCCAUUAUGCUCAAGAAACAAGUGGUAAUGUAAUGCUGACGUAGUUCCCAGCAACUGGAGAGGGGACCAAUCUGGACCAGUUCAAGAUUCUAGUCCUGUACUUAUCAUAACAGGUCAAAUUAGCCUCUAAUUGCAAGUUCUAACUAACAAUUCCAAGAGACUGGUAAUGUUUCCUUAACCAGAGGUCAGCUUUCAUGAUGAUGGGAUAUGUAAGAUUUCGAUCAUUCAUCUAUGUUUCAUCACUCUUGUGGUUCACAUGCUUUUCUGUUGGAUUUGUUCCCAGAGACAAUUACCUUAUAGACUGUGGAUCACCCACCAAUACAUCAGUGGGUGAUCGCAUAUUUGUGGCCGAGCAAGCAGCUUCAACUUUCCUCAAGGCCCAACAAUACUUCUCAGCCAACACCACUGCCGCUGUGCCAAAAUCCCUCAGCACCCCUGCCGAAUUAUCGCUCUACCAAACAGCAACCAUCUUCACUGAGACCGCAAAAUACAUUUUCCCAAUCCACCGGAUGGGAAGACUCUGGAUCCGCCUCUAUUUCUUUCCAUUUGUUUUUGAAAGUUAUGACAUGAGUACUGCAACUUUCUCAGUUUCCACCCAAACUCACCUACUUCUUUCCAAUUUCAAUCCGAACAACAACACUUCCACUGUCAAAGAGUACUCCAUAAAUGUCACCACAGAUACGCUUUCCCUCACCUUCAUUCCUUCCAGCAAUUCAUUAGCCUUCUUAAAUGCCCUGGAAGUCGUUUCAACCCCUGAUGAACUUAUCAGUGACAGUGAUUACCGCGCUUUCUCAUCUCAGAACUUCAAAGGCCUUUCGGCUCAAGCAUUCGAGACACUUGUACGAGUGAACAUAGGUGGGCCAACAAUCCCCGCUCAAAAUGAUACGCUCUGCCGAACUUGGGCGGCUGACCAACAUUUCAUAAUUGAACCAAAUCCAGCCACAAAUAUAUCAAAUAUCACAGCUGUUAAGUAUGUAUCUGGCGGGUCAACACCUGAUAUUGCUCCAAAAUCUGUAUAUGGCACAGCCAUUGUAAUGAACUCAACAAUUGAUACCCAAACAAUUUAUUCAAAUAUUACAUGGGAGUUCAUCGUGGAUCCAGGAUUUCAGUACCUUCUACGGUUUCACUUUUGUGAUAUUGUGGGUGAAUCCCAAAACAAGAUCUCUUUUGAUAUUCAAAUUAAUUCCUGGGUUGUUGCUCGAGAUCCAGAUCUACAAGCUUUUAGAGAUGAAAUUAUGGGUGCUCCAUUUUAUCUAGAUGCUAUUACAGACCCACGUGAAAGCACAGCCCUUCCUGUAAGCAUCAUCCCUUUCUUCUUACGUGUAAAUAACCCCAUUUCCAUUCUCAACGGGCUUGAGAUCAUGAAAGUGAACAAUUCUAUGGGCAAUCUAAGUGCAAAAGUUUUGGACUCAAACCCUAACAAAGAUAAAAAAAAGGUUGGUGCGAUAGUGGGCGUGACCAUUGGAGUGUUUAUUAUAGCUUUUGCUACUAUACUUUUUUCUGUGGUUUGUAUAGAAAGAAAAAAAAGGGCGCCACAAGGAAAGUUAAAGAUAAAGAUUCCUGUCAGCACCACUAGAGCUGAGUGUGACUUGAACAUGGCAUAUCGCUUCCCCUUUGCUGCAGUUGAAGAGGCCACAAACAACUUUGACGAGGCCCAGGUGAUCGGAGUUGGUGGCUUUGGGAAGGUCUACAAAGGAGUCUUACAUGAUGGAACAAAAGUGGCAAUCAAGAGGUCGAGCCCUAAGUCUCAGCAGGGCCACACAGAGUUUUAUACCGAAAUUGAGUUGCUAUCACAGUUCUGCCAUCGUCAUUUGGUUUCACUGAUCGGGUAUUGUGAUGAAAGGAAUGAGAUGGUUUUGAUUUAUGAAUAUAUGGAGAAUGGGACCCUCAAGAGCCAUCUAUACGGCUCCGAUUUUCCCUGCCUGAGUUGGAAGCAGAGACUUGAGAUAUGUAUUGGAGCAGCCAGAGGUCUCCACUAUCUUCAUACUGGUUCUAUAAAACCAGUAAUACACCGUGAUGUGAAGUCAGCAAAUAUUUUGCUCGAUGAAAACCUCAUCGCUAGGGUUGCAGAUUUUGGCAUUUCAAGGAUGAUACAUAGGAAUGACCAGAUGCAUGUGAGCACGGCAGUGAGAGGGACAUUUGGUUACUUUGAUCCUGAAUAUUUUAGGAGACAGCGCCUAACAACAAAAUCUGAUGUGUAUUCAUUUGGAGUGGUUUUAUUUGAAGUUCUCUGUGCAAGACCUGUGUUAGAUCGGUCCCUUUCAGAGGAAAUGAUGAACUUAGCCCAAUGGGCAAUGAAGCAACAAAAGGCAGGACAAUUAGAACAAAUAAUAGAUCCUUAUCUCGUGGGAAAAGUAAAACCAAAUUCUCUCAAAAAAUUCGUAGACACAGCAGAGAAAUGCUUGGCCGACAUUAGUGUCAAUAGGCCUUCUAUGGAAGAAGUUUUGUGUUAUCUAGAGCAGGCACUUCAACUUCAAGAGGCUGCUAUUCUUCAAGUUGACAAUUUCAAUCAUAUCGAUCCUUGUGCCUGCUGUGAACAGUAUGAUGCAUCAAGUGGGUAUGAGUAUGAUCCAUCUGGUGUCUCCUUGCGCAUGUUGUUCUCUCCAGAUGGCGAAGUCUUAGGGUAA